UAAUGAAUUAAGCAAUCAACGCAGUAAAAGUUAUUUUUUAUAAGUAAUUAAAAAUUGAAGGAAUAAUAAAGCUGAUAAGUUAAAACGCUAAGCAUGAAUUGAGCAAACAGUGGCGCUAUAUGACAACAAUCAAGAAUUGACAAGCGUAAAUAAAAAUAGCUUUUUUGUUUUAAUUCUAAAAUAUCCAACCUCUUAUGAACUUCAUAUAACUUCGUACGGAAUCGACGGAACAUAACAAGCAGCAGACGUUAGUGAGUCUUCAUACAUUUGCUCAAAAACAAAAAAAAAAAAAAUAAAAAAAAACGCAUAGAAAAGUCGCAUAAUCGUCGAUCACAGAAAUAACAACAGCAACAACAACAGACAGCCACAAAAAUGGGUGACGAACUAGAAGAACGUACCUUCAAAGAAAAGAUGCUCUUCUACACCACUGCCUUCUUCAUACUCCUCGGCACAUUUAGUAUGUUCGCAUUCCUCUUUCUCGUCCCGUUUGUCAUAGAGCCCGCCUUCACAACGAUCUUCAUGCAGUUCGAGGAGGUGCCCGCGUUGUGUGAAACCUACGAUGUGGAGACAUUUUUCGGCGCCAAGAAUUGUUCGUGGGCCUCAUGUCGUGAGGGUUGCACAAAGGACAUUUACACGUGUACACAGAUACGCGUCAAUUAUCGACUGAAUUUAUACAACUAUACAGAUGAAUUCAAUUUCACUGAAUAUCAUAUUAAUUUGGCCGAGGCGGAACGUGAAUUGCCGCCUGUGAAGCGUACCGAUCGCUAUGAGCGUGCCAUACGUGAUUAUGAUUAUGAUGCGGCUACGAGUGAUGCCGCCAAAGCGAAUCAGUUGGAUGUACCAAUGGGCGCAGCUGCGGCGAGUGCGCUAAUGUCCGGCCCAUCAGCGCCGAUGGCGGAAGCGACGGUGGCGGCGGCGGCGGCGGCGGCGGUGACGGCGACGGGUAAUGUGCAGCUGAAUACGAUAAGCUUUGGUGCGGAGAGCAUCGCAAUUGGUGAUGGCACAAGUGGUUAUCUCGUCGAUGAUGAGCCUAGCGAUGACGAUAUGAGUAUGGGUGGCGUUGGUGGUCCAGGCACUAUACUAUUCAACGAGGAACGCCAUCCAUUCGAUGAGAUCUCCGAAUUGAAUGAAGGCCUUAUGGGCAAUAGUUCAAUGUAUUUUUAUGUAGGCGCACGCCUAUUCCCCAACGUAAAGGGUUGUGGUUAUCCGCCCAUGCUCAACUGUACAAUUUGGUUGAAACGAUACACAAAGAUUGGUAUUAAGUUUCCCUGCUACUACUCGAAGGUCGAUCCAAGUUUAGUGAUAAGCGAUUUGGAUUAUUGGCAGAACACAUUGAAUCUGAUCUAUUCGAUGGCCAUACCGAUACCAUCGUUCAUUAUAUCAGUUAUAUACCUGACAUAUGCAUACUUCAAAAUCUAUAAUGAGGAUGAAGAAACGGCGCCGCUCGAUAAGAAUGCCGAAGAUAUGGAUAUUGAUGAGGGUGAGGUGGAUGAGAGUGAUGGUGCUGCGUUGGCUAACAAUGCUGCCGGCAGUCAAAUAAUCAAUAUGGACUCGACGACGGGUGAGAGUUGUGUAGAUGUUGUGCUGCCGAACGGUGGUCCCGGCAUGACGACAUCAAUAUCACAGGGCGGUUCGGUAACAACGCCCGGUCAUUAUUUACCGCAAUCGCCGGUCGGUUCACAGAUGACACCAAAUUCCGAUAUGAAUUCGUUCGGUCAUCAACUUAAAGUGCAAAUGGCGGACGAACUGUCGAGGGACUCGCUGGAGAAUGGUGUGCUGUCGACAUCGAAUUCGGUGCAAGGAAACUUGAGCAAGACGAUGACGACGAGUAUCUCAACUCCGCCUGGGCCGACGGCAGCAGUUUAA